AGUCGCCACCUGACGACGGACGCGCGUCGUCCGGUGCUCCAGUGUGCUCACCGCGACAAGACGAGCCGCCCCGACUCGCUAUGAACCCGCUUCCCGGACAGCCGACGCCUCCGUCUGCCUGCCCGAGCAGCGACGUCAUGUUCUUCGGUUCCACGUUUGCCAUGUGAGGUCUGAGACAACUGCUCUUCUCUAUUGAGAUGCCGGAUGGAGCUGACCACGGCGCCCGUCAACGACUCGACGCUGACGCUGACGCCGACGCCGACGCCGACGCCCGAGGACGAGGACGGCGACGCGGUCGAGCGCUGGCCCGCCAUCGUCGCCAUCUUCCCCUGCAUCCUCAUCGCAGUCACGGUCGCCGGAAACACGCUGAUCAUCGCGGCCGUGGUGACGACCCGCCGACUGCGCACCGUCACCAACUGCUUCGUCAUGUCGCUGGCCGUCGCUGAUUGGCUCGUCGGCCUCUUUGUCAUGCCGCUCGCAGUCGCCUACCACGUCAUGGGCAAGUGGCACUUCGGCUGGCAGAUCUGCCAGGUGUGGAUCUCGCUGGACGUGCUGCUCUGCACGGCGUCCAUCCUGUCGCUGUGCGCCAUCAGCGUGGACCGCUACCUGGCCGUCACGCAGCCCCUCAACUACUCGCGGCGGCGCCGCUCCAAGAAGCUGGCACUGCUCAUGAUCCUCGUCGUGUGGGUGCUGGCCGUCGCCAUCACCUGCCCGCCCAUCCUCGGCUGGUACGACAAGACGCAGAGCAAGGAGACGGAGUGCCGCUACAGCCGCAACCAAGGCUACGUCAUCUUCUCGGCCACCGGCUCGUUCUACCUGCCGCUGGCCGUCAUGUUGUACGUGUACGCGCGCAUCUCGUGCGUCAUCGCACGCCGCCACAGCCAGCUGACGGGUGGCGUGGAUGCGCAGCAUCAGAGGAACAGCCGGCUGGUGAGCAACCAGGACGAGUCAGACAUGGAGAGGGCCUCCUCCGAGUGUGAAGACGGCCACAUCCGGUGUACGAGCCUGAUGAGCCCCGGCGUGCUGGAGUUCGGCGCCGGCACGGCGGCCACGCGCUCGCUGCGCGCGCACUACCUGUACUGCACGCCGCAGACGUGCGCUGCCAACGCCGACCACAACCACGCGCAUGCGCACUCGGCCGGCCCAGCGUCGGCGCGCUCCAGCUUCUACGGGCGCGCGUCGCGGCCGCUGUCGCUGGCGCUGGACGUGCCCUCCAUGGAGACGGCGGCGCUGCAGGCGGGGCUGCCGCACGUGUCCAGCCGCGUCUCCUCCUUCCGGCGCGAGAGCAAGACGGCGCAGACGCUGUCCAUCGUCGUCGGCGGCUUCAUCGCCUGCUGGCUGCCCUUCUUCAUCUGUUACAUCCUCCUUCCGUGGGUCCACAUCGCACCGCCGCUCAUGAUCUUCCUCACCUGGCUGGGAUGGAUAAACUCAGCCAUUAAUCCCUUCAUUUAUGCAUUCUACAGUCCAGAUUUCCGGAUUGCAUUUUGGCGACUAACAUUAAGGCACUGUUCUAAACCAAGAAGACCUCAGGAUCCUUCCAUAAGACAUAAGUGAGUGUUGUACAAUUAGCAGUGGUUUGAAAACCUUAAGUGAACUGCCAUUAUGUAGCACAUAACUCAUGUAGAGAGAGUAGCUCAAAAGGAAGUUGAAAGAGAAAUAUUAUCUAGUCAAGAGGAUACCCAUUUGCUGUGAUCUCUCUCUUUAAAUACUGUACAGAAUGUCUAGUCCAUUAAGAAAAUAGAAACAUUAUGCACUGGAAAUUUAAAAGAAGUGAGCGAUGCAGUUGUGACAAGCAAGAAUGUGUGAUACAGGUUUUCUUCGAAUUGAGUCUUUAAUAGCAAAGAUUUUUCAUAAUUCAUUAGUGUGAAUGUUGUAAAAGAAAAAACUAUUCAUAUAAAAUGUAUACUGUAUGCGUAACUGUAACCAGAGUAUUACUAUGAUCACACGGUUAUAAGUGGUCAUGUAAUUGAGUCUUAUGGAGCCACAGCAGUACACUAUAUAAAUAAUUGUCAACACUAUGUGUGAUUCUGUGCCAGAAACUUUAUUUUUGUUUCAUUUUAUAACAUUUCUUCAGGAAUUGUGUUUUUUCAACAAAAAUAUGUGAUAAAUGUGUGAUAUAGGUGAAACUCAUCUAUGUCCACAAUUUGAAGUACAUUCAAUUAAUUUCUAUGGCACACAUAUAAUAGUUUUGAAACAGCUUACUAUUGACAACAUUUAAAAAACAAAAUUUUAGUGAACUAGUUCUCAAUUCAAGGAAGAAACCAAAUUCUGAAUUCAAGACUGUCUCAAAACUGUAGAGUCUGAAAACAGCUCUAAGUAAAGUUUUCCGCAAAUGAAAAUGCAAUACAUGAAACAAUCAUCUGUUGUAAACUUGUAGAGGCAGGACUUCUGAAAUAAGUUCAAAAUUUAUUACUAUACCAAAUCCCCAUAGAGGAGGAUGUAACACUUUACUGUAAAAUGACCAAAGAGUCUCAUUAACCUGUGUUAUAGAAAGUAUUUCUAGAUCGUACAGUGUAACAUCUACUUUCCUGUUAUCCCUUUUUCUAUGUUAUGCAUAACAUGACAGUAACUUCCUGUUGUCAUGUCAGUAUCAUCAAUGGGAGCUGAAUGCAUUUCCUAGCACCAAGGAAACUGAGUCAACAGCAGGAUGAACUAUAAUUCUUAAUUUAACAGUUAUAUACUGUAAAGCUUCUGCCAGCUACAAUUAAAUUUCUGUACAGCUUGUUUAGAUAUGAAAAUGGAACAGAUAUAAAAACUUUCCCAGUAAUGUAUCGAAGUAACUGACUUCAAAUUAUAAGUGACUUAUGUUACAUUUUUGUUUUACAUUCUUUAACAGUCACAUAGUAAUGAAGACAGACAGAAAAGAAACAAAGCUAGUCAAAGAUUAGCUAAAAAAAAUUAUGAGUUUUUCUUUUCUGUCAUAUUUUAUCAUUCUUGGAAUUUUUCUGCCACUAUCACUUACUCAUUGCCAGAAAAAAUCAAUAUUGUGUCUGUAAGUAAACCAAUACAACAUCUUAUUUUCAAACAAGCCGUAACAUUUAUCAAAUAAUUCUUUCAGUGUCUUAUUAUGAUUAAAAAAUAUCUUUUGCAAGGCAACCCUGCUUUAUCUUUAAAGAGAGCACAUUAAUUCAUAACCUCAUACACCAUUUCAAUGCACAUCAUCAUAUUACAUUCAGAUUUGUGUUGAUACAAGGACAGCACUCAUCACUAAAGGAAACAAUACCUUCUGUGAAGUAAUUUAUUUCACAAGUCAAAAAUGGUUGUUGUGAUACCUUAUGAAACUAUGACAUGAGUACCUAUCCACCAACUAUCAAAAACCUCUGUUCAUUUUAUUUAUAUUUCUAGUCUCACUUCUGAUCUUUACAUUUCUGGUAUAUACAGAAGAAAGAAAAUAUAACACCAUCAUUUUGUAAGUAUUCAACACUCAGUCUUAAUUUUAUUUACUAUGAUACAAAGGAAUUUCUGUAGUUGUACAACAUAUUACAGCCAGGAUUUUAUGUAAGAAAAUCACUUGCUGUUUUUCUUUUACUGUACAUGUAUCUUUUGAUCUUCUCACUACUUUAAACUUUUCCAGCUUCUAACAACAAUCACUGUUUUGUCACUUUGCAGAAUUUAUUUUUUCUUUAAAAAUAUUUUCGGUGUUUCCCAUACUUCAGCAUUUUGAACAGUGCAAAUUUUCUUCUAAUCAAUCCAUCAUUCUUCAAACAUGAAAGAUAAGGAGAUGGAAAAUAUGUAUAGGUGGAUAUCAGAUGGACUCCAAAGACAUUCUUUCUGCUAUUGGCCAAGAAAGCUAUCCAAGUUCUACAGACCGCAAUGUUUUGCUAAUUAGAUAAUAGUCAUUAUGUAACACAUUCCUAGCACCCACAUUACCGAAAAAACAAAUAGCUCAUUCCUUUAGAUUUUCACCAUGAAUGCCCACUACUUUUAUUUUUGCAUUUAUCAGCUAUAAAUUCCAGAAAAUCUUGUCAAAUUAACACCUCUAUUUAUCUGUUACAUACAGAUGUUGUGUCCAUGAACCAUAUGUUUUCAUGAGAAUUAUUUUUCAGACAUUUGCUUUUUGAUGUUGUACUAAAGCUGAGGCUCUUUAAUUUAUGCUUCAAUGCUCUAUCAAAAAGCGCAUGUAUUCUCUCUUCAAGUUUCUUGCUAGUUUUAUUAAUAACAAUGAAAUUUUUUAAUUUCAUUUUCUAACUUCUGUCUGGAAGAAGAACUUUGACAAAUAACAUUAUCUUCACGACAAUAAUUGUCUGCUUGCCCAUUUUAAAUGUUUUCAUACCACCUAGUAUCUAGCCAGUCUACCAGUGCUGUAACAUUCCAUCCAGGUCCUCAUUCAUUCAACCAGAUCUAUAGACCUUGUGACUCAUAUUUCACAAAUUUCAACCUGAGUAUGAAAUUUUCUCUCACUACACAUUGCUUCCUUAGAAAUGAAACAAUUCAUCAGAUACUGCCUGGAAAUAUCAUUUUCUGAAAAUGGGUCCUAAUAUAAGAUUUGAGUCACUCGUGCCAUUUUUUCGUGCUUCACAACACUCUUCUACUGUAAUUUUUUUUUUUUUACAUGUGCCUUUUAAGAUAUGGCUUGUCUUAUGCCACACCCCUUAGGGGUUCCCUUCCCUUCACGGCAGGAUUUAGAGAAAACUAUCUGUGACUGAAUAUAUUAAUGAUAAAAUCACUAAAUCAACUUCUCUGUGUGGUGUUCAGUACUUGAAUGGUGGUACUGGUGUGAUGAAAAAGUUACUGUUCACACACCAUAUGGGUAUUCCAAUCCGGUAAAAUCACUAUGAUCACUGAGGCAUUCAUACCGCUGAUGCACCAGGUUGAAGAUAUCUGUUUCAUAAACCAUUGUGUCCUGCUGCUUGAAAAAGUUUGUUACUGCCCACUGCACAUCAUCAUCCAAUAGGAAUCGUAGACCCUUCAUGCCCUUUUUAAGGGACUGAAGGCAUGAUAAUUGUGUGGGGAGUGAUCAGGACUAUACUGUCAGUGCUUGAGUGUCUCCCGUUUCAUUUGAUGUAGCUUCUGUGUUAUGACAUUUGUGAUAUGUGGGUUAUCAGGAAACAGCAGUAUUUUUUGGUGCACUGUCCCAUAUUGGAUGUUUUCGGCAGACAUACUGCCCCAUACACAUGUUUCAUUCUCUGAUGGAUGUCUUCCAUUGUUUGUCCCUCAUCAGUCAAGAAAAGAAUAACAGCACAUUGGCCCCGUUUAGACACAUUUGCUAAUAAUGUCACCGUAGUUCACAUUUCUUCAUUUACCUCAUGCAUGCCAGAAAGACUUGAAUACUGCAGCAAUCCCUUACCUACAUGUUGGUGCUUAUAAAUGUUCAUCAGUGUCAACUACAUUGUAUAUACACUGCAGCAACACCCUCAAAUUGAAACUUUUUGAUCACCUGUUAGACUUUGGGAAAACUCAUAGUCUCGGCAGCCAUAAUUUACAUUCAUAACUGACAAGACAUACUACUCAGUGAGAAAGAUAUUAUAAAAAGUGUAUUUGAUACAUCUUCUGCCAGUUCUGUUUAUUAUUUUAUACUUGUCUGAUCACAACUAAACUAUAGGGAAAUUGCUCAAUAUUUGACGGCUUUUUUGUCUCCCCUUGUGCUUGUUUCUCCAUUGAUGUAUCGCAUUUUGACAUGUUGUUCCAAUCAGUGAAUUUCCUCAUUUAGUUGUCUUGGUUUAUCAGUUUUUUAAAUUAACUGAACAACUGAAGUAUGCUACAACAUAAUAACUGUUAAGCAGGACAAUGUCAUGAGAUGAAUUUGCUACUGUUAAAUAGAGAGUUGUUGGUGGAAAUGUUGUUCACAGUAACUACAAAUGUAAUGAUGUUUUAAGUAAACAGCAAAUUUGUUAGUAAUAAAUGUCUGUCAGUCAUAGAAUGAAUUCAGUUUACAUUUCCACUUUUAAUCACUGUAGCUGUUUUUCUAAGUACACUACCAGAUACAUGAAAAUUGUUGUCAUUAAUGUUUCCUUAAGAAGUUAUGUAAGUUAUUGAAUGACUGUGUCCUUAUUUUUAUAGUGUGACUGGCUGUAUAUUUAUUAAAAGAUUUCUUAUUAUAAUAACACAAGGAAGGUGAUUAAAACUUUCAAAAAGAUUA